AUGGAAAGUAUUUACGGUUACGGUGGUUCGAGCAACAUCUAUGAUGGCAACACUAAGGUCAUGUCAAUGAAGGCUUUGAUGGGAGAUGUAGACGGUAGGGAAAAAUCCAACCAUGCGGUGGUUCCGGACAACAACAGGGGUGAUGAGCUAUUAGCGAUAGCGUCUAAUGCCGCUCCGAGAUCCGGCUCCGUCGCUUUAAGAUCCGGUCACGCUACUCUACCCACCUAG